AUGCGAACUACACGAAGCGCCACCCAACGAUUCCAAGCUGCAAAAGAGCUCCAAGCCGAAACUCAGCCCAAGACUUCUCGCGUAACUCGUUCCCGCGGUUUGAAGCGCACUACAACGGAAGUCGAGAUUUCUGUCUCCGCCACAGGUCAAGGGACACACAUUAAAUGGAUUCGUCCGACCAAGGGAGGCGCUUCGAUGACGGGGGUCAUCCGCCUCCAGGACCAAGAGAACUUGGUUCCAGGUAGCGCCACACUCGACGACAAUGGCUCUGGUAGUUUUGUGGAUGGUCGUUUCGUCACACCCCCUCCUAUCCAACAAGCCACACCCGCUGCUCCUCGCAAGGUGGUCCAACGUCAAGACAGAAUCGGGAAUCCGGGGAUCAUGGGUAUUCCGGCAAUGAACUUUGUCAUCGACGUCCCCGAGGACGCAGGCCGAAACCAGAUCAAGAAAAGCGUCGUCAAGGGGUAUCUCCAGCAGCAAGCUGGGCUGAAGCCGUGGCCUUCUUUUCCAUUAUCCAACACCUUUAUCAUGUACGAAGAACAGAGCGAUGACGAAGAGAAUGAUGAAGAACAGGGCACAUCCUCCCUCGCUUCUCCCUUUUCCGAGUCUCCCACAUCCACACUACAGAGGAGGAUGCUCAGCCCUCAUGGAACGCAUUUGAUUAUACCCGGGACCCUGGACCCAAUCAUGGAAAGUGACAAUUACGAGGAACGAGGCGCUACCCCAAGGCGCCUGUCUGCCCCUCGGGCUCUGACCCCUUUUCCAGACGUGCCAAUGAGUUCGCCCCAGAAGACGCGAGGGUUGGGUCCAUGUGGUACAAUCCUGAUUGGAGAGGAUGGCAAAGCGAUCAAAGGAGGAGGCUCUAGUACCCCGAGGCGCCUGUCUGCCCCUCGAGCUCUUACCCCUUUUCCAGACGUGCCAAUGAGUUCGCCCCAGAAGACUCGAGGGUUGGGUCCAUGUGGCACAAUCCUGAUUGGAGAGGACGGCAAAGCGAUCGUACCAGGUCUUCAACCGGGAUACUAA